UAGGCAAACAUUUGGACAGAACUUUAUUAGUAUUAAAAUGAGCCAUAUGAGAUGAGUCAAUUUAUUCCUAAUUUUGACUGUUGUUAUAGCCUGUUGACACGUAAGAUAUAACUGCUGAUAUAUAUUUUCAGUCAGACUUUUUUAACCAAUUAAAUUUAUGGAAAAUGGAUUUUAUUACUCCAGCAGAAACAGUUAUCCAAACUUUUUAUGCCAGUCAAAAUCAAGAAGAACGACAUAUUGCUCACAAAUGGCUUCUAGAUUUACAAAAUUCUUCAGAUGGUUGGAAUGUUGCUUGGAUGCUUUUAGAUCAUCUGAAGUCUGUAGAAGUACAGUAUUACGGUGCUAUUAUAUUGCAUUCAAAAUUAACAAGUACAUCAGAAAAGCUUGAUUCAUCUGAACUUAACUCUAAACUUUUAAAUGCUCUUAUUUUAUAUUCAUCUGGGACAAGUAAAGUUGUAUUUACUAAACUUUGUAGUGCUUACGCAUCUUUUAUUCUCCGAACUGCUGGACAUGAUUUUGAUCUUCAACACUGUUUAGAGUCCAUUCAAAAACAAUGUGCAAACAAAGGAGUUGAUUCUCAGUCUCUAGUUCUUGAACUUCUAACUUGUUUACCUAUUGAAUUCAAGCAAGUUACCUUAACUUCUAGCCAAAAGAUUAAUUCUAAGCAUAUGCUUUUACAGUUCAAAGCUGUUUUAGUUGGGAUGUGUCAGCAUGUUUUAUGUAAAAAUAUUGACUACAAUUAUCAGUUAAAUGUUUUAAGUUGCCUUAUUAAUUGGAUCGAGUUUGGUGUUUCCAUACUAGAUGCCUCCAAUUUGCUUCCAAUUUUAUUUUCAAAGAUAGCUUGUGUGCCUCUUUCUGAUAAAAUACUUGAUGUUUUAAUUGAGUUUGUUACAUCACCUGCUAGUUUCUCUUGUGAAAAUACUAUUUUUUCUAUUUUAAUGCAUAUUAAUCAAUUAGAGGAUUAUAUUGAAAGUGCUAUACUGGAAGACAACCAUGAGCUUUUAAAAAAAAUUUCAAUGUUACUUAUAAAUUUUGGAGAAACUCACUGCUCUACCCUUUUAAAAGCUACAGAUGUUCUCAAACAAAAUAAUGUGUUGAAGCUCAUUCAAAUCAUUUUAAAAUUUACAUCUGCAAAAGGAAUUUAUCCUGUGGAUGAAACCCAUAGUGAGUUAACUUUUAAUUUUUGGUACACUCUGCAAGAGUCAUUACUUUCAUUAGAUGUUGAGUCAAUAUCAGAUUAUCAAAAACAGUUUUAUGAAGCAUUUGUCAUGUUAGUUGAAGUAUUUUUGCUAAAAUCUCAGUAUCCAAGUGACGAAAUUUACCAAAGUUUUUCUGCUGAUGAUAAAGAGCAAUUUCGUUGUUACCGCAUUGACAUACAAGAUACUAUGCUUUAUGUAUACACACUACUACAAGAAAGGUGCCUUGCCUUGCUGGUUCAGAAGUUGUCAAAGCUGCUAUCAGAAGCGUCAUCUUGUUGGCAGGAAUUUGAAGCCAUAUUUCUUAUUCUUCAGGGUACAUCAGAAUCUAUUAGUCUUGAUGAAUGUGUUUACAUACCAAAUAUAUUAUUAAUGCUAGCUCACAUCCCUCAUCAUCCAAAAAUACUUGACACACUUGUACUCUUUCUUGGUUCAUUAUCAGAAUGGCUUAAUGCCCACCCUGAAAAUAUAAAAGUGGUUUUGCCAUUUUUAUUAAAAGGUUUUGAAAGUACUGAAACCAUUACUUCUUGUAGUAUUUCAUUAAAAGACAUUUGUCGAGAAUGUUCUAUACUGAUGGAUGAACCAACCAAAUCUGCUAUACUGCAAGUAUGUUUUAAUAGCAUCCAGGUUAGAAGCUCAAAAAAGUUAGUAUCAAGGUUGUUUGAAAUUGUUGGGUAUGUUUUAUCAGGACUACAAUCUACUUUAAUGAAGGAGCAAGUUGAAUGCUUUGUCUCACCUUUAUUUCAGAGGUUGCAAGAAUUAUUUAAAAAUUCAGAGGUUUCAAAAGAAUCUGGUGGCAAAUUGGUAUAUUAUCUAAAUCUUUUUCAUGCCCUGUUUCGUUCUAUUGAUCCAUACGAGGUACAAAGUGUUCACCCAGUUAGCUUAGUAUUUGGUCAAUUAGUACAAUUGUUUUGCUGGAUGAAACCAUGGUUUUUUAUUGAAGAUGUUGUUAAAGCAUCAACCGAUUGCAUUGCAAAAUCGUUUGAAGUUGUGCGUGAGAAUUUAUUGUCGUAUGUCCCCAUUACAUGUGACAUCUUGCUAGAAAUGUUUGAUACACAUCCAUUUAGCUGUAUAUUAGAAACAAGUACAAUUAUAAUUGGAAUGUUUGGAAAUGAUGGUGAAACUAAAGAGAAAGUCUAUACAUUGUUUGUAAUGUUAGCUGAUAAAGUGUUAUUUUUGAUAAAGACGGGAGAAAGUUGCAACUUUCCCGAUCUGAUGCAAAGUUUUGCAGUUCUUAUAACGCGAGUUAUAAAAACAGUACCACAAUUACUGUUUGAUAACGAUGAAAGACAUUUUAAAAUAUAUCAAAGCGCAUUAUCGUUACUUUGUCACCAGGAAACUCCAACUAUAAAAAGCACUUGCAAUUUUUUUGUUUCUUACAUUAAUAUUUCUAGUUCUUAUGAAAAACCAAGAAAUCUUAUAAAAUCCGCUGGUUUUGAAUUGCUAAAAGUCACCCUAUUAUGCAUUGGGGGAAUUUCUCCACGACACACCUGUGAUAACUUUGCCGAUGUGAUAUUAGCUCUAAAUAAAAAAUAUGUAACAGAUUUAGCUAUUUGGUUUAACGAGUUAUUUAGCUUGCCUAAUUUCCCAACCGACUUACCUUCUAAAAUACAAAAAGAUCAUUUUCAAAAAGCAGUACUUAGAGAGAAAUCUAAUAAGCGACAUAUUAAAGAAAUAGUUAAUGCAUUUUCUUUAUUGUGUCGGGGACUACAAAUAACAACGCAUGUACCAUAACGUUUAUAUUCAUAUUACGUAUUUUAUAUAUAUAUAUAU